UUAUAUAACUUAAAAAAAACAUUUAAUUUUAGUGUCACUUUGGUAGAUAAUGCUGCGUAAUGAUGGAUAAAAUAAUCCAUGCCAUUCCAUGAUCGACUAAUUAUAACUCUUUACAUAACGUCGAUACUUGCGAAUUUAUUGUCUAGCUAACAUAAUUUUUUAUAGCAGAUAAUUCUACUCAAAAUUGUACUUUGAUCGUCGGAUAAUAUUUUAAUAAAAUAGUAAUUUUUUUAUGUUCAUUAUAAAAACUUAAAUAUAGUUUUGAUAUUUAGGCUAGCCUAAAUUAAUCAUUAUUUAAUCAAUGGGUGGUAAAUAAUCCACUAGAAGAAUUUAAAUAAUAUAAUUUCGUACAUUCGAAUCAUACUGAUUAAUUGUACAUAUGACCUUGCUGUCAUACAACACCGUCACGCUAGAUUCAAAGCUGUGCGUGCAAGUAACUUUUAAUGUCAAUAAAAUUUUAUUUCAUUUAGUGUCUGAAUUGCCAGCAGUUAAAAUACAACCAACUGCUCACCUUAAACUUCAAGUAACCAUGGCUCUGAUUAAAAUGGUACCUGUUGAAGAAGAAAUGAAGCGAAAUCCUGAAUUAAAGGAAGCUGAUCUCAAAAUGUUAAAGGACUGGUACGAGAAGCAGCCUCACUUGCCAAAAAUAUCCGACAAUGAGUUGAUUUUGUUCUUGCAUAGUAAUUAUUACCGGUUGGAACCGACUAAAACGACGAUUGAUACUUUUUACACAGUGAGGACUCAUGUUCCGGAGUUUUUCUUCAACAGAGAUCCGUUGGGGAAUAAAGACUUGAGAAAUAUAUUUCAAACAGCAGCAUACUUUCCACUGGAGGGAGAAACUGCAGAAGGUUACAAAAUAAUUUACGGGCGUCUAAUGAACUAUGAGCCAUCUGCGUACGUUUACAAUGACGCUAUAAAGUAUUGGAACAUGUCAAUGGAUCUUUGGAUGUACUCAGAAGGAACUAUGAAGGGUCACAUAAUUCUUGUGGACUUGGCAGGUCUUUCUUUUGGUCAUACUACUCGUUUGAGUCCAAUGGGCUUGAAGAAAUUUCUGUUCUACCUCCAAGAAGGGCUGCCCGUUCGUCUCAAGGGCUUACAUUUUACCAACUCCAUUCCGGCGAUGGAAAUUAUCCUGGGAAUGAUGAAACCGUUCAUAAAAAAAGAACUUAUGGAUAUUCUUCACAUUCACACCAGCAACGAAACAGUAAAGAAAUUCCUGCCGCUUGAUAUUCUUCCUAAUGAAUCAGGUGGCAAAGCUGGACCUCUGAGAGAUCUCCAUGAGAGGAAUAUAAAAAAAAUGGAAGCUCACCGUGAUUUCUUCUUGGAAGAAGAAUCUCGCGGACGCGUCAACGAGUCUCUGCGACCUGGAAAGGGAAAAAAUGCUACUGAUCUUUUUGGAGUCGAAGGAAGUUUCAAGAAACUCGACAUUGAUUAAUUUCUAU